ACUUGUUCGUCUUAGAUUACAAUCCUGUGGCCGACAAGCUGGGUCACAUAGCUCAAUAAUUCAUUUGGAUCUAUAGCUGGGAUACAAAAACAUCGAAAAUGUCUGAAAAAGCAGGAGGAUUACCACCAGACUAUACUGAAACCUUGAAUAACUCCGGGGGCAGCAACAACUAUGGUACUGGUUAUACCAAUUACGGAGCUGAUCAACAGCCACAACAACCAAAACCCGAAUACGGGCAGCCCCAACAGUACGGACAGCCCCAACAGUACGGACAGCCCCAACAGUAUGGCCAACCCCAGCAGUACGGACAGCCCCAACAGUAUGGCCAACCCCAGCAGUAUGGACAACCCCAGCAGCACGGACAACCACAACAGCCAGGAAAUUAUAACAAUGUGGUGGUUACUCAACCAAUGGGCAACCAGAUAGCAAUUGCACCACCAGACCAUUUAACAUUGGCUAUUAUUGCCACAUUAUUAUGUUGCUGGCCAAUCGGUAUUAUGGCCAUAAUGAGAGCCCUUGACGCACGUCGGGCAGUCGAAAGAGGUGACUUCGUAACAGCAGCAUCAGAAGCCCAUCAAGCUAAACGUUUAUCAAUGAUUGCCAUGGCCCUGGGUGCCGUUUUGGUCGUCGUUACUAUAGUGGUUGUCGUUGUCGUGGUAACAACCAGUGAUGCAUACACUUGUUAUGGUUACGAUUGCUAAGAUGAUUUUUGCCAUACCUUAAAAUGUCCCAAGAGGAUAAAAAGUUGCAAAUAUGGAGAAAUCAGCCAAUAAACUAUAAAUUAUUUUUUAGUAUUUAAUUUUACAAAUGUAGGCCUAUACCUGAAAAUUAUUGGUUGUGUAAUUUUUAUAAUGGCCACGUCGAAUUCUAAUGAAUUCUGUCUUUGUAUAUAUUUUGAAAACUAACACUUGAUCCCCUCAAAAAUUAAGCAAGAAAAAUACCAUCAGUUAUAUUUCCAAUAUUUUGAACUCGCCCCUCACCAUAACGGUGUUUCCCAUUUCCGUACAACGGUGAACAACUUUUUCCCAUCACAAUUUGUGUUUAUAUUUGAAACAACUAAGAAUAAAUUUGAUUUUGAAUAAAAAAUAAAUAUGUAAAUAAUGUAUAUAAUUUUAACAGAAAUUUAAAUAAAGAAA